CUGCCACAUCCACGCAACGAACAAGCCAACCAAAGCAGCAGAGGAGAGAACGACCACAGACACACACGCACAACCACACACAACCAAACGACGAUGGCGACGAUGAGGGGUGGUGAAGGUGAUGAUGGCACGCUGCUGCCGAAGCGGGAGAAAGUGGAGGAUGACGGUGGUGACUUGAAGGCUGAGGAAGAGGACGACUACGUGCCGUAUGUGCCACUGCGGCAGAGGAAGAAGGACAAGGAGGAGAAGCGGCAGGCGAGGCGUCGCCACCAGCAGCAGAUGGAGGAGGAGAGGCGGCGACGGAAGGAGCGGGAGCAGGCGGCGCCGCAAGUUGGCCCGCAGGCCAAGCAGACGCUGGUGCAGUUCCACGGCAAAAGCAUGCAGGAAGGGCGCAUCAUCGAGCAAUCGGAUUUGGAGAAGCAGCUCACGCAGGAACAAGAGAUUCUGCGCAGCAUCCGCAACGCCAAGGAGCUCAAGUCCGUGGAGGAGUUGGCAAAGGGCAUCUCAUAUGCAGAGCCAAUCAGGACAUCGUGGCGGCCCCCGCGACACGUCAGGCACAGAACAGAGCAGAAGAACGAGCGCAUUCGCAAGAAGUGGAACAUUAUCGUGGAGGGCCGUGACUGUGCACCCGCCGUCACCAACUUCCGUGACAUGAAGCUGCCCACAUGCCUCGUCGAUUACCUUGACUCUCAAGGCAUCAAGACCCCAACGCCAAUUCAAAUGCAAGGGCUUCCUGUUGCGUUGAGUGGACGAGACAUGAUUGGCAUUGCAUUUACCGGGUCCGGCAAGACGCUGUGCUUCUCGCUGCCGGCCAUCAUGCUGACCAUGGAGCAGGAGAUCAAGAUGCCGUUCCAGCGCGGGGAGGGCCCUUACGCGUGCGUGCUGUGCCCCUCGCGCGAGCUUGCGCGGCAGACGUUUGAUGCGGUUAAGGAGUAUGCCGGCGUGCUGCACAAGGGCGGCAUGCCCAAGCUGAACAUUGUGCUGUGCAUGGGUGGUGUGGACAUGCGGGAGCAGCUGUACGAGUGCCACAACAUUGUACACAUUGCCGUGUGCACGCCCGGUCGCCUGAUUGACAUGCUGACCAAGAAGAAGUUCACCUUCAACGUGUGCCGCUACUUUUGCAUGGAUGAGGCAGAUCGCAUGGUUGAUCUGGGCUUCGAGGAAGACAUUCGCACCAUCUUCUCCUUCUUCAACGGGCAGCGUCAGACCGUCCUUUUCAGUGCUACCAUGCCCACAAAGAUUCGAGACUUUGCGCAGAGUGCGCUCGUUGACCCGAUUACGGUGAACGUUGGCCGCGCCGGUGCUGCGAGUCUGGACGUCGUGCAGGAGGUUGAGCACGUGCGACCAGAGGCGAAGAUUGUGUACCUGCUGGAGUGUCUGCAGAAGACGCCUCCGCCCGUCAUGAUCUUCUCGGAGAAAAAGGCCGAUGUCGACGAUAUCCACGAGUACCUCCUCCUCAAAGGCGUGCAAGCUGUUGCGAUCCACGGCGGCAAGGACCAGGAGGAGCGUGAUAUGGCCGUCAAGGCGUUCAAGAAGGGUCAGAAAGACGUGCUUGUGGCCACAGACAUCGCAAGCAAGGGCCUCGACUUCAAGGGCAUCCAGCACGUCAUCAACUUUGACAUGCCUGACGAGCUCGAGAACUACGUGCAUCGUAUUGGGCGCACGGGCCGCAGCGGGCGCACGGGUCUUGCCACAACGUUCAUCAACGACGAGGUGCCCGAGAUUUCGCUGCUUGAUCUCAAGUACCUGCUCAAGGAGGCCAAGCAGCGCGUGCCGCCGUUCCUGCAGAACCUGCGCUCGGAGCACGAGAAGUUCCUUGAGCACGGCGGGUGCGCGUACUGCGGCGGCCCUGGGCACCGCAUCACGUCCUGCCCAAAGCUGGAGAGCGUGCAGUCGCAGCAGGUCAGCCGGGUCGGCCGCGGCGACGGCCUCGCAGGCGGCGACGAGUCAUGAGAGAGGGAGUGGGAAGGAGAGGAGGAGAGAUGGUGGAAAGGGUGGGGGGAAGGGAAGGAAGCUGCUCUGUGUGUGUGUGUGUGUGUGUGUGUG